AUGGAAUCCACGCUCUCAUGUCUGUUGUCAUUCAAAGAAGACGUGAUUCCAGCAGAAUACAUCCAGCCACACUACAAGGAGUCCUACCGGCUUGCCAUCUACGCUCUGCUCAGUGGGGGUAGAGAUGUCUACCAGGAGUACCUCAAAGCCGAACAACUCAGUGACUUUCUCUCUGAAGAGGAGAUCAUCUUCAUUUUAGACAAUGCAGAGUUGCCAGUCCCAGAGGAUGAGGAUUCUGAAGCAGUGAAACAUGAAAGUAAAGAAAAUAUCAGAGCUCCCUCCACUUACUUCCCCACUGAGUCAGAUGAGGAGGUUCCUGACCUUGACCUCGGCUGGCCAGAGGUCACCAAUGAGAACAUGGAGACAAACAUCAGCCUGCUUUUCCACCCUCCCAGACACAACACACCGACCAUCAAAGAGAUGAUACGUAAACAAAUCCAAGAUGCAAGACAGGUUAUUGCUAUAGCGAUGGACAUCUUCACUGACGUUGAUAUUUUUAAGGAGAUUGUCAAUGCAACUACUAGGGGAGUGGUGGUCUACAUACUUCUUGAUGACUUCCAAUUCAAAAGCUUUCUGAAUAUGGCUGAGAGCGCAGAUGUCCAAAUCCAAGAUCUCAAGAAUUUGCGAGUUCGGACAGUGAAAGGACAGCAGUAUAUAUGUCGAUCUGGAGCAAAGUUCCAUGGAUCUUUGGAGCAGAGGUUUCUAUUGGUGGACUGCAAAACAGUGUUGUACGGUACAUACAGCUUCAUGUGGUCCUUCGAGAAGAUCAACCUCAGCAUGGUCCUGGUCGUCACAGGGCAGCUGGUGGGCUCCUACGAUGAGGAGUUCAGACGUCUGUUCGCCCGAUCCACUCUGCCCGCCACUCUCUCUCAAGAGAAAGACUUCUGGAAAGAGCCGGCAAAGUCCACGUACAACCCUUAUCCCGGUCGGCUCUUCGAGAGCAGACUCUCUCUCGACCAGAUUCACAUGAGAUCCCGCGGGAGACAGCUUGGCUUGAUGAGUUCUACCGGUCAACAGAAGGACGAUCGAUACAACAAUGGACAGAUGGUCACAAGAGGACUGAGCAUUCAGGACAGACUGAAUCAAUCUCACCGCACCGAUAUGGGGAAACUUGUGAGGGGACACAGCUACGCCGGAGAGCUGCCGCUGAGAGGGAAUUCCAUAACUCACUUGAGGAAUGUAAGAGAUUACGCUGGCGGUGCUCACAGUGCCCCUGAGAGAAGCAGACGCAGCGAAGAUCCACUGUUACCAGGCAGGGUGAAUCAUUACACACAGAAGAAGAAGUAUGGCAUUGGCCAACAGCAUCUACUCCCUUACAGCAGUGAGACCUCUCUUAAUAGGUGGAAGAUCGACUCGUACCUCAAUAACAGUGAUGUGACCCUAGGGGAGCCAGUUGAGAAUCUGCAUCUGCCUGACAGUACGCAGAACCCAAACACAUCAUCCUGUAUGAGAACAUCAGUCCUCUUCAACAGCCGUCUGGCAGAGCAGUCUGAAACUCCUAACUAUAUGUCUAAGCACUCUGUGACAUCUCCACAAGGCAGUCUAUGGAUGCUAUCUCCACAGGGCAGUCUAGGAGUGACAUCCCCACAGGGCGGUCUAGGAGUGACAUCCCCACAGGGCAUUCUAGGUGGCCUAAGCAACUUCCAACCCCAACUGACCCCUGCUAGAUUGAGGGAGAGUCAGACGAGAUUGGAAGAGAUCAGAUGGAAAAGGCUCAGUUUACAUGAGUAUGAGGAACCUGUCAGCAACUUAAGGCCAGGGCAGAGCCAGGAUUCUCUCAGGCUGACUGUUUUGUCUGCUCUCGAAAGAGCUAAAAGAAGGUCGUCAGAGAGAGGCCUGGAUAAAAGGCACAGUAUGGCAGAGUUAUCAGGCAGCUCAGAACACAGUUCUAAUCAGGGACCAUCCAGCCGCAGAGAGGAACUCAGCCCAGGAGGUCAACAGGAAGAGGAAAAAAGAGUUAGAGACCAAACAUAUAAACAAACCAACUUCAGUGAUGCACAAAGGUCUGUCUCACAAUACGACAUCAAGACCAAGACAGAGAGGAAUCCUCUUGAUGACUGGCAAGAGCCUCUCUCCAGGACGAUGUCGGCAGCCCAACUGGGAAUACAACUAAAGGAGCCUUUGCUCAAGCCCUCCAACUUCAGACCCACUGGACUUAAUGUGGAGAGCUCUAAAGCGCUAACGUCUUUGAUUGGAAUACCAGAGGAGAAGGAGGGCCCCACCAGGAAGAGUCAUGGCUCCACUGACCAGCUGGCCAACAGCUCCGACUCAGACAAAGAGAAAACACGCCAAAGUGUGAAUCCAGUGAAACCCACAACUUCUGUGAAAUCAAUAAAGAAUAUAGUGCAUGCCGAUGUUUCAGUGGAGAAAAUGAUGGAGAAAAUGCCACACCAGGAAGAAGGAGCAGAACUCCAAAGGCAAAAUUAA